ACCUUAUGUCAGAAAAUCGAAAAGUCUAUACACUUGCAAAGGUUGUUAUACGAAAAUCUUGUUCACAUAAAAAUCAAGCACAAGUGCAAAAACCUAUUGCGGAUAGUCACACAAAUUCCACCGAGGAUAAAAACAGAGAAAGUAAUAGUAUGACAGCAGGUUUUCAGCAUAAGAACGGAAGAUAUCUGACGUACAGCGUUGAUGGUAGGGUGCAUUUGACAGAAUUACCUGGAAGUAUGAAACCAGAAGGUCCUUUUACUUCCUUUGGGUUUGUUAUCAAUAAAAGUUCAGAAUCUUAUUUAUUUGUAAAAGGCGUUAAUAAAUCAGAAAAAAUUAAAAACAUACAUGAACGAAUCCAUCCUACACGCUAA